UAUAGUGGUCAAAAUCAAUAUGGCAACACUUCACAAUCUGUCGAAAAUACAACAGAAAAACUCGAAGAAAAAGCCAGAAAAUGGCAACAAAUGCAAUCGAAACGAUAUGGUGAAAAAAGAAAGUUUGGAUUCAUUGAACACGAAAAAGUUGAUAUGCCACCAGAACAUAUUAGAAAGAUUAUCAAAGAUCACGGUGAUAUGUCCAGUAAAAAAUAUCGUCAUGAUAAAAGAAUUUAUCUUGGCGCUUUGAAAUAUGUCCCUCACGCUGUAUUAAAACUAUUGGAAAAUAUGCCAAUGCCUUGGGAACAGGUUCGUGAAGUACCUGUUUUAUAUCAUAUUACUGGUGCAAUCACAUUCGUAAAUGAGAUUCCGUGGGUUAUCGAGCCUGUCUACAUAGCUCAAUGGGGUACUAUGUGGAUCAUGAUGCGUCGAGAAAAGCGUGAUAGACGACAUUUCAAGCGUAUGCGCUUUCCACCAUUUGAUGAUGAAGAACCGCCACUGGAUUAUGGUGAUAAUAUUCUAGAUGUCGAACCAUUAGAGGCAAUUCAGAUGGAAUUAGAAGAAGAUGAAGAUGCUGCUGUCUUUGAAUGGUUUUAUGAUCACAAACCAUUAGUGGACACAAAAUUUGUGAAUGGUUCAACAUACAGACGGUGGAAGUUGAAUUUACCAAUAAUGUCAACUUUAUACC